AAGUAAUAGAUGCAAAUUGAAUUCAAGAAUAAUGUUAAAAGACGUUAGAGAUAAAUGUUUGCAGUAGUAACUCUGAAUGUCACCUCAACAGAUUAUGUUUAUUUGUAGUGGGCACCGUUAGUUUCGAAUUACCAUAUUAUCUUGCCGGAGUAAGCAACAUACAUAAUUUACUGAAUUAUUAUAAGUGAUCGCAAUUUUUGAGAAGAAGCUGGCUCAGUCGCUUUUAAGCCUUAGCAGGAAACGGUAUUAUGUAUCUCACUAAGAAUUUAUCCGUUUUAAAAUUCCCUCGAAAAACUCCUCGAUUUUUAUCUAUUAGCUCGAAAAAGUUAGCAUUAACAAUACAUGACAUACCGCGGCCGAAAGGUCUUCCCUUGAUUGGAACUAAGUUGGAGUUCAUUGCGGCAGGAAGUGGUACCAAGAUUCAUGAAUAUGUCGACAAUCGUCACAAACAAUUAGGUCCCAUUUUUUGUGAAAAGCUUGGCGGCAGUACAGACCUUGUAUUUGUCAGUGACCCUAUGCUCAUAAAGGUGCUUUUUCUAAGUCUUGAAGGAAAGUAUCCCGUACAUAUCUUACCUGAACCAUGGGUGUUAUAUGAAAAAUUGUAUGGGUCGAAAAGAGGAUUGUUUUUCAUGAAUGGGAAUGAGUGGCUACAAAACAGGCGAAUUAUGAACAAACAUUUACUUCGAGAAGGUUCAGAAAAAUUAUUCGAAAUACCAGUUAAAACAACAGUGCAAAAGUUUGUACAAAGGUGGAAAGUCGAAGCUAAUAAGAGUGAAUUUGUACCACAUUUGGAAUCUGAGUUUUAUAGACUUUCUAUCGAUGUGAUAAUGGCCGUUUUACUGGGUAACAAUCCACAACUUAACACCGAUAAACAUUACGAUACACUGUUGACUACAUUUUCUGAAGCAGUCAAAAGAAUUUUUCAAACUACAACAAAAUUAUACGGGAUCCCGGUUAAUAUCUGCCAGAAAUUGGAUUUAAAAGUCUGGAGAGAUUUUAAAGAAAGUGUUGAUGUAUCUCUUUCGUUAGCGCACAAAUUGGUAACCGAAAUAAUGCAAGGUGAAAAGAGCAAUGGACUAAUAAAUAUACUCAGAGAAGAAAACAUGAAAGACGAAAUAGUAAAAAAGAUAAUUGGUGAUUUUGUUAUUGCUGCCGGCGACACGACCGCCUACACGACACUUUGGAGUUUACUUCUCCUGUCGAGAAACGAAAAUGCUGUGAAAGACUUAAUCUUUAAUGAAAAUACAUCAGGAACUAAUGUUAUCAAAGAGGCUAUGAGAUUGUAUCCUGUAGCUCCGUUUUUGACCCGUAUUUUACCCAAAGAUUGUGUCUUGGGAUCAUAUACAUUCAACAAAGGUACACCCAUUAUAGCUUCAAUUUAUACCUCUGGAAGAGAUGAACAGAAUUUCAGUAGGGCUAAAGAAUUCUUGCCCUACCGAUGGGACAGAAAUGAUCCUAGAAAGAAGGACCUAUUGAAUCAUGUGUCUUCAGCAUCUCUGCCUUUCGCCCUGGGUGCCAGAUCCUGCAUAGGAAAGAAGUUAGCAAUGCUUCAGUUAACUGAAGUUGUAACUCAGGUAACCAAGAACUUUAAAUAUGCGUGUAUUAAUAAAGAUGAGAUUCACGCCAAUACAUCUCAAGUCCUUGUUCCCGACAGAGAUAUUAAAUUGGUAUUUUCUCUACGUGAACAUAAAAGUACUACAGCUUGUGACUAGGAAGAACAGUUAUUUUAUAGUCUGAUUUAUUGCUUUCUUUGUUAAAUAUUAUUGCGAUUUAUAUAGGUAAGCAUGUUCAGUGGAGAUUGUUCUUUUAAACUAUUUAUUAAUUGUGUCAUUUUAUUGAAUUUGAGAAAGAUGAAGUACAGUUAACAAACCUUCAUUAAUAUCCUUCCUGUGUAUAAUUUUAUAAAUUGAUUGAAUUAAAUAUAUUAAAAACUUGUAUAUGGUGAUAAUGAUUCAGUUUUCUGCAAGAUAUAUUAAAAUUUAAAUAAAACUAUUUUGUGAAUAUACCUUUAUUAAGUAAUCUGUUAUUUUUUAAGCAAUCAAAUUUUUUACCCAUAAGUUAUUAAUAAUGAAUAAGUGAUACAUUUAUUCCUACAAAAUGUAAACAAUAAUCAUCAAUGCUGUUUAAUAUAUUUCUGAAACAAUACAUCUGUUCACUGUUACUAUAAUAGAAAAACAAUUUCAUUAUUAUUUGAAUUUAUACGAAUCAAUUUAUAUUUCUUAGGCAGUAAAAAUAUGGAAAGGCCCGUAACACAAAAUUUUAAUCCUAAGAACAUUUAAGAAUAAUAAAAAACAUUACAUUUAUAAGGUGGGUAGAUAACUAAAUUAAUUAAAAAUAUAGCUUUUGAAUAAAUGCAGUAAACACAAA